GUUAGAUGUGCAUGUUGACGCGCUUAGCAAUCUUUGAAACCAAUCUUAGAAAUCAUUGAAUUGACAAUUUAAAUUCAAAAUUGCAUACUAUUGACAGCAAAAUAGCUUAAAAGUGAAAUUUCAAAACCAAAAAAAAAUUGUUGUAAUUAACAUCGAAAAUAUAGAAAAAGCAAUAAAAAACUCCACCAUAAAUGGUGUAUUUUGUUGUUGGAUUUGUGUUACCUACAUAUGUAUGCAUGUAAUUAAAGGAAAUUUUUCCGGAUACCGAUAACCGAAAUUCAAAACUAUUGUCAAAAAUUAUAUUUUUGUAGCUCAAAAAAAUUAAAUUAAUAUAAUUAAAAGUGUUGUUUGAAAAACCAACAUUCUUUUGAGAUCUACGCUUGCCACACAGUUGUGUGCAGAAUCGCAGCGAAGUGAUUCGAAAUUUUCUAAAACGCAAUUACAGAAAUUUCUGGCGCUAUUAGCGCAAACUUUAUUGAAGGCUUGAAAUCUUUAUUAAUUUCAAAUAUUUACUAAUUUUUCUAAAAAAUACCAGCUAAAAAAUUUUACACUGUAAAAUACUCGUAAAAAGUGAAAACUUAAUACCCAAUAAAAGCAAUUAAUUUCCAAUUAAAUUAUAACAUUCGACACGCAAUCGGCAAACUUUCAUUUUAAUUGCGUAGUUUUACUGCGAAUUACAAAAUCUCGAUUUCUCAAAAAGGAAAAUCACUCGCAGCUAUGGAAAAACACGUAACAUCAAAUAAUGCUGCCGCUGUGCAUCAUCAUCAUCAUCAACACGCCCAUCAACCGGACAAGAUAAGCAAAUAUCUUGUCAAUACGGACAAAAGUGGCGAACUGACUGUCACAGUGCAGGGUGACCUGACGCAACAAGAGAAACGUGCCGUAUUUAUCACAGUCCACGAUCUGGGAUGCAAUCACAACUCAUUCCAGGAAUUUGUCAGCAGUCCAUGCAUGACCGAAAUCAAGGAGCGUUCCUGUUUCAUACACAUCGAUGUACCAGGGCAUGCUGAUAAUGCUGACCCCUUACCUGAUAGCUUCCAGUUCCCUUCAUUGCAAACACUUGGCGAGGAUCUAAUAACCGUUUUGGAUUUUCUACACGUCAAGUAUGUAAUUGGUCUGGGUGAAGGUGCUGGAGCCAAUGUUUUGGCUCGUUUCGGCUUGGCCCAUCCGUCACGAGUGCUCGGCUUGGUGUUGAUUAAUGCCACCGGAAGCGCAGCCAGUGUUUUGCAAUCAUUCAAAACCAAGCUUAUUCAAUGGAAAAGCGAUGACAUCGCACAAUCGGCUGAGAGCUUUUUAAUGUAUCAUAAAUUUGGACAUCAAUUGCUUGGUGAUAAUCCGGAUAAGGAAAAAAUUGUCACCGAAUAUCAAAAACGUUUACACAGCACUUUGAAUAGCAAAAAUGUGGGACUCUACGUAAAGGCUUUUAUGAGCCGCAAGGAUCUCACAUUGAAGGGUUGCAAGAUUGAUGUAAUUUUAAUUACAGGCAUGCUAAGCCCCUAUGCCUCUAUGGUUGAGAAGUUGCACAAAGAUGUUGAAAAGGAGAAAGUCACCAUUUUAAAAAUAGAACGAGCGGGCGAUGUCUUAGCUGAUGCGCCCGCCAAAGUGGCUCAAUCGAUUUUGCUCUUCUGCAAAGGUCAAGGCAUUUUAACUUCUGUCGUUAUGCCUGGUGUUGAUCGCGGACGUGCUUACUCCACCAGUUCGGGCGGCUCUGCAGAUGGACAAAAUGGCUCGAGAAAGCUUUCACGAGGAGUAUCAAUGGAGGAUUACGACAAGCCGAAUAUACGCCGAUUGAGUAUUAUCAACAACGAAUCACCAAAGAAAUAAAUCUAAAAAUUAAGAAAAAAGCAAAUAGAAAAACUAUUAAUAUUAUUAUUUUUUGCUAAACCGAGCAAAUAUGCAACAAAUUAAUAAUAAAUUGAUAUUUAAAUAUAUAGCUAUACUACAUACAUAUAUGAAACAUUUUUGAGCAUGCUAGUUAUAGUUAAAAAUUUUUUGGUAAGCUUGUUAUUUGUGAGUAAAUAAUAAAGCGUCCGAAAAUACAAUUUUUGCUUGAAAACUAAUUAUUCUUAUUAAAUAAUGAAAAAAUCAACGAUAAAUUUGUUUGAUAAAUACUAACGGUAAUUUAAAAAUGAAAUAUGAAAUUAAAUAUUGCCAAAUUUAAAUCUCAAAAUUACAAAAAAAUUGCUUACAAUUUAUACAUACAUAUAUACAUUUACCCAUACAUAUGUAUGCAUAAGAACGCAUAUUUACAUACAAAAUAUGUGUCAGUCAUGUACAAUUUCUUCGAAAAUGCUUAAAAAUAGUGAAAAUAUUUGAAUGACUUGGAAGAACUGCACACCAGUAAGCCAGUACGUAUACUCAGUUUCAAGCGCGAGUAGUAAAAAGCGCUGGGAGACAUCAUUUGAAAAGCUGGAUGACAACAAAGAAGAAAACCAAAUCGAGUUUUUGCACUCAACAUACAACUGUCAUGAAUACAUAAAUCGCAUCAUCAAAUGGCAUUGAACAUACAAACAUAAAUAUGAUUGAAAUAAAGUAUUUGAAAGAAGAAUUUUGCGUUUCUCGCACUCCAAGCAUAACCAAACCCACCUACAACGAAAAAAACGAACAUAUCUUCCAAAAAGAAUCAAACGAAGAACUUAGAAAGUAUCAACUAUGAAAUACCUCCGAAUCGGUUAACGUAAAGCAGUACCUUCAAAUUGCCAAAUCAAGUAUUCGUACACCGAAAUUAUCUAAGGAACUCUUUUUAGUUCAAAUUAUAUCCAGAACUUUUAAAAGCAUUUACAUGCACAGACAUAUUUUACUUGAAUACUUUGGAGAAUUUUUAAAUGAACACCAAAUUCAAAUAGUGCGUAGUUUCAAACAGAAGUAAGUAAAAAGAAGAUUUACUACAACACAAAAAAAAAUGUUUAGCUAAAAAUACUUACAUAAAAACAUAUAAACACAUGUAUAUGCACGAGGACGUUAUUUAGCAAUUUCAGUAGCCUUAAAAAUGUAGUGGCAAAUGUUCUAAAACACAAAUCGUUGUAUGCUUAAAUGUAGUCAAAAACGCAGUGAAACACAAAUGAAAUAAAUAGAAAAUAUAACUUUAAAAAUUUACAUUAAAAACUUAAACAAAGUCCAACCACACAUUGCAAAUUAUAAAGAAUUUUCACUUUUAUAAAAAAAAUGAUUAAGCGAAAAUUCAGGAGUUAGCAGCAACUUAAAAACAAAUAAAUAUUUUUAUGAGUAUAAUUUCGAACGCAAUUUGAAUCAUAUAAAAAUUUACUCCACAUUUUUAUUAAAUACAAUUACAUGCAAGCAAACGAAAAAAAUUAUUUAAAUUUUUUUUUAAGGUAGUUCCAUUAUUAUUAAAUAAGCUAUUGCUUCGGCAGCCGUAGUCGAAUGAAUUGGUGUUUGACUACCAUUUGGAAGCGCACAGUCUCGAAGCCCCGGGCACGAAAUACCAAACAGUUUUUUUCUAAUAAAACCUCCGAGUGUAUUUCUGCCAUUGCAAAGCUCCUUAAAAAGUAUCUGCCGUUCGGAGUCGACUUAAAACUGUAAAAUUUGUGAAAAACAUCCAGACGCACGCCACAAAUAGGAGAAGAAGCUAAGGCAGAAACUCAAAACGGUUAAGUUUGUGAACGUUAAUUUUUGAAAGCUUUUUUUUUUUGAAGCCAGAAAUGUAAAUUCGUAUAAUGGCCAAUUUGUAUAUAUGGCAUAAAUACACAGAUUACUAAAGUUUCGUUAGUAAAUGACGAGAUUUUCGUAAAUUAACUAUUACCAAAAAUACAUUGGUAAUGCCAGUAGAAAAUUACUAAUGGAAGUUGCAAUGUAAAAUAUUAGGGUAAUUAUUUUUUCAAGAAUGAGAUAAAAAUAUAUUAAAUUUCCGAGGAUAUUAUUUUUUUUUGUUUGAAUUUUAAUUAAAAAGACGCGAUGAAAAUCCACAAAACGCCAGGGUAUUCCACCGUUUGAGAAAUCAAACUGUAUUUUGACGUAAACCUAUACUGCACAGAUUACCGUUAUUAAAGCAACUUCAAGUUUUUUAUUAUGGUUUUUAUGCUUAUUUUAGUCUUAUUCUUUUUGUAUACACAUAAUUAGUUGUUGAAUUAUGUUAACUUUUCAUUAUUUAAAUCGAUUAUUUUGUCAAGAAGUUCCAUUUGUGAUAUUCGCUUUUUUUAUUCUUUUUAUCUUUUUAACUUUUUUUUAUAUUUUCUUUAAGUGUGACUUGAAUGUGAUUCCUUUUACAUUUAUUCAUCGAACUUUAUUUUAUUUAGUGACUUUUUUUAAUACUUACUGCAGUUUCAUUAAACCAAGAACUUCACUAUAUUUCUUUUUGUGCAUUUUGAUCUAAUGAAUCGGCCUACAUGACCUUACUAUUGAAGAGCCACUUUGCGACCGUGCUUAGAUUUUGAGCAAAGUUCGAUAAGCUAAAAUAUUGAACCACUUUUGAGGAACUGACUUCGAAAUUUUCGAUAUGAAUAAUCAGACUUAAGAUUUUUAGUCGCUAUUGUUUUUGUAUGGGAAGCUUUUCUCGCGAUUUUAAUUGUUCUACUUCCGUUUAUUUAUAUUGAAACGUCAAAAUGACGAGUUUUCUUAUGAGUGAGUGGUAACAUGAAACAUGGUAUCCUUCGAAUAAUUAAUAAAGCGGCUGAGAAUAUGUGAUGGAACUACCUUCCAAAAGUAAUUUUAUUAUGGAUAUAUGUAUUGUAAUGUCAACAUUAUUUAGCAAAGUUUUAUUAGCGCUUAUGAUCAAGUUAAGAAUAUAACCAUAUGCAUUCACGCAAUGUCACGAAAUUAUAUUACUUUAAAACAAUAUUACAAAGUCAACUAUAACUGUUAAAAGAGUAAAAAUGCAAAAUCAAACUGUGUAAUGAAAAACUAGCAAAAGUAAAAAUUAAAUUGUUUAGAUGAAGUUUAUAAGAAACCUUAAA